AUGGAGGAGCAGUUGUACGCGCUGGUGCUGGAGCUGUCGUCGCCCGAGCAGCGCGAGAGUGCGCUGCUGGAGCUGAGCAAGAAACGCGAGGAGUUCCCGGAGCUGGCGCCCAUCCUCUGGCACUCGUUCGGCACGGUGGCGGCGCUGCUGCAGGAGAUCGUGGCCAUCUACCCGCUGCUCUCGCCCCCGCAGCUCACGGCGCACGCCUCCAACCGCGUGUGCAACGCGCUGGCGCUGCUGCAGUGCGUGGCCUCGCACUCGGAGACGCGCACGCACUUUCUCAAUGCGCACAUCCCGCUGUACCUGUAUCCGUUCCUGAACACGGUGAGCAAGAAUCGCCCGUUCGAGUAUCUGCGGCUGACGAGUCUCGGCGUGAUUGGCGCGCUGGUUAAGAUUGACGACUCGGACGUCAUCAACUUCCUGCUGCAGACGGAGAUCAUCCCGCUGUGCCUCCGCAUCAUGGAGGCCGGCAGCGAGCUGUCCAAGACGGUGGCCACGUUCAUCGUGCAGAAGAUCCUGCUGGACGACAUGGGGCUCACGUACAUCUGCCACACGCCCGAGCGGUUCUACGCCGUGGGCACGGUGCUCAGCAAGAUGGUGGCGGUGCUGGUGGAGGCGCCUGCCCCUCGCCUGCUCAAGCACAUCAUCCGCUGCUACUUGCGCCUCUCGGACAACCCGCGAGCGAAGGAGGCGCUCCGUCAGUGCUUGCCCGAGGCUCUGCGUAACCACACGUUUGACGAGGCGCUCAAGGAGGACGCCACGACUAGCCGCUGGCUGGCGCAGCUGCUGUACAACAUCAGCACGGACGCUAGUGUGGGCGCUGGGGCGGUCCAGGGAGCACGUCUCUCCAGUUAG